ACAGUAAAGUGCACGAAUUUUGCUUGAGCGGUGCAAAAAAAAUCGCCUGCCCUUUUUGUUGCGUUUUUCUCGGUAAACGCAUGAGAUAAGGUUGAAUUUCUCCGUGAAACUCGUAUUAAUCGUAUUUAUUAAGUAACUUAUUGUACUGUGUAGGUAAAGUGUGUAGCAAUGAGCGAAGGUGGUGAACAAUUGUCGAAGAAGUAAGGCAUUUUCUUGCUGGAAUAACCAUUUUUUCCAUUAAAUUUCGUGACACGUGUGUUUGUGGUCAAUCAACUCACCUGUGUCCGUCGAGAUGCGCCUCCUGGUGAAUUUUUUCACCAUCCGGACACAGUUGAUUAAUUUGGCGAGAAUUGGGAAGCAAAAGACACCCACUAGAUUGAUUUCCACGACUCCAGUCAUUGAACUCAAGCGCCGACAGAAGGCGGAACUGAAGGCCAAGGAGAAGGCUGAAAAGGCAGAAAAACUGGCCAAUGCAACUGUGGUCAGUAAGCCUGAGAAAAUCAAUGAAGAAGAUAUCUCUCCGAAUGAAUACUUUAAGUUGAGAACAGCGGCUGUUGCAGAGCUCAAGAAGCGCCCUGAAACCCAUCCCUAUCCCCACAAAUACGUCGUAACGAGCUCUCUUGAGAAAUUCAUAGAGAACUACUCUCAUCUCACGGACGGCGAAGUCUACGAAAAUGAGUUAAUCUCUGUGGCCGGAAGGGUUCAUGCCAUCCGGGAAUCUGGCGCUAAACUCAUUUUCUAUGACCUCCGAGGGGAAGGUGUGAAGCUUCAGGUGAUGGCCAAUGCAAAACUCUAUGAGACAGAGGAAGCUUUUGCUGAUAUUACAUCCCGGAUCAAAAGGGGAGAUAUUAUUGGUGUCAAUGGCAAUCCCGGAAAGACCAAGAAGGGCGAAUUAUCCAUCAUACCGAAACAACUUCAACUGCUCUCUCCAUGUCUCCAUAUGCUGCCUCAUAUGCAUUUUGGACUGAAGGACAAGGAGACUCGAUUCCGUCAGCGAUACCUUGACCUAAUCCUCAACAAUCGCGUGCGUCAGAUCUUCUACACGCGCGCCAAGAUUGUCUCGUACAUCAGACAAUUCCUGGACGGAAUGGGUUUCCUGGAGGUGGAGACACCCAUGAUGAAUAUGAUUGCUGGCGGAGCUACAGCCAAACCCUUUGUGACGCAUCACAAUGAACUCAAUAUGGAUCUAUUUAUGCGAAUUGCACCGGAAUUGUAUCACAAGAUGCUGAUUGUGGGUGGUCUGGACAGAGUGUAUGAGAUUGGGCGACAGUUUAGGAAUGAAGGAAUUGAUCUCACGCACAAUCCAGAAUUUACAACGUGUGAAUUUUACAUGGCAUAUGCGGACUACCAAGAUCUGAUUACGAUCACAGAGAGUAUGGUGGCGGGUAUGGUAAAGUCCAUUUUUGGAGGGUACAAAGUCAAGUUCCAUCCGGAUGGCUUGGAGGGGCCUGAAGUGGAAAUUGAUUUUACGCCACCAUUUAGACGAAUGUCCAUGAUUUCCAGUCUGGAGGAGGUGCUCAAGGAGAAAUUCCCAUCAGCUGAUCAACUCAAUUCACCAGAAGCCAAUAAUUUCCUCAGUAGGCUCUGUGAAAAACAUCAAGUGGAAUGUCCACCACCGAGAACUUCCUCCAGGCUGCUGGAUAAGCUCGUGGGGGAAUUUCUGGAGGAACAAUGUGUCAAUCCGACCUUUAUUCUCGAUCAUCCGCAAAUUAUGAGCCCCCUGGCUAAGUACCACCGUUCCCAGAAGGGACUCACGGAGCGUUUUGAGCUGUUUGUGAUGAAGAAGGAAAUCUGCAAUGCCUACACGGAACUCAAUGAUCCCAUGGUCCAGAGGGAGAGAUUUGCUCAGCAGGCAGCAGACAAAGCGGCAGGAGAUGAUGAGGCUCAGCUGGUCGAUGAAAAUUUCUGCACGGCGCUGGAGUAUGGACUGCCGCCGACGGGAGGUUGGGGCAUGGGAAUUGACAGACUCACCAUGUUCCUUACAGAUUCCAACAAUAUCAAGGUAAGUUUCGAUUUUUAUUUACUUUUUUUCUUUUGCAGGUUAAAAAUCAAGUUUGAUUUUUCCAUACGUUUUUGCAUAGAGACACUGAAGGCUAUUGGCAAGUUUUUUCCUAAAGAGAAUUAACUUAUCAGUCUAAUAUAUUUCGAAAACGUGCAUUAAAAACUAUCUAAAAAUACAUAUUUCAUAAUGCUCGCCGAAAUAAUACAAGAACUACGAGGAAAUUUGUUUAAGUCGCGGUGCAAUGGCUGCAACAUUUUUACCAGAGAAAGUGAAAAAUAGCUUCACUUUUUAUUAGAAUUGUUGGGCCCCUACUCUAUUAUUGAUCAUGAAUUGCCUAUUGAAAAUCAAAAAAUAUAUUAAAAAAGCAAAUCUUUAUUUUGCGUCUAUCGCCGGCUUCAAAAUAUACCCCAUUUGAAAAAAGAAAACGGUAGAAAAUCCCGCAUCAUUGGCAAUUAGGGAAAGGCUCACUGCUUUCACCACCUUUUUCAACAUGUCUUUGCGUUUCGAACGAUUUUUGAGAAAUUAUGUCACGCUAUUUGUCCGUCUGUCUUUCCGGCCGUUACUACACUUGAGAGAAAUCCGAAAAAGUUAAAAUAACAAUCCGGAAAUGUUAAUUUUACCCUGCAGUAUUGAUCCGAAAUCGGUGUAAAUAUUACCCUUUUCAGGUGUAGGUUAAAGUUACCCUUCUUUCAUGUUAAUUUUACCCUUAAAAGGUGUAAAAUUAACAUUAAAAAAUGUUGAUAUAUUUUUACACCGAAAAAGUGUUAAAGUUAUGACGAAAAAAAGUUAAUCGCAGCCUCUUUUUUUCUCAGUGUACCAAAUCAUGCUUUUUGGGAUUGCUAAGAAAAAGAAGCGUGCGAUUUUUUUUUUUUCAUUUUUGAAUAAUGUCUGAAUAGUUUAUACUUCCUGAUAUUUUGUUUAAUUUUUUUUUGUAGUUUUUUAUGUAAAAUAGCACCCACUUUUCCAAACAGCCUUUUGACUCGGAAGUCGUUUUUCUCCUCUCUCUAUUAUGUCUGGCCUAUUCCCAAUGUAAUUGUAACAAUGACUUUGUAACAAAUAGGUAAUAUAUAGUCUGUGAAAGGACGUUUCCAUCGUUUAGUCCUGGAGACUGGAAUCAACGCUAAGACGGUGUUGGACGCAUGGGAAGGGGGGUAAAAACACAAAAUGAGAUGAAAAUAAAUUGAAUUGAAUCGAAAAUUCAAUUGAAGAUUAUCCAGGCGAACAUUUCGUUCUUAUACGAAAAAACCGUUGAAUCAUUCCUAAUAAAGGUUUUUCAAGGUCGAAGGUACAAAAGGCUCUAGAUAGCGCACUUUUUAAUCGAAUGAUGACAUUUGAAUUCGUCGAAAAGGUCUUGGAAUUUCUGACAAGCCUGAACUGAUUCCAAUCGGUUCUAAACCGGUAAUGAACCAGGUUAUAUAACCGGUAACUAUUUUUUAUCCGAAACUAAAUUUUGUUAUAUCCUAAGUUAUUUUGGGCGAUCUUUUGAAUAAAUUAUGAAUCGGUUUUAAUCGGUUAAGAACCAGUAUACGGUAAAUCAUGCGAAAGUGCUUCUAAAGUAUAGCAUAAAUCAUGAGUUCAAGCAAUUCUAUCUUUUCUCUAUGUUCCAAAUGGAUUUGACCCAUGGAUCUUUUCAGGAAAUUUGAAGCAUCAUACUAGCUAUUAAAAUACAAUAUUAAAAUCCAUCAAACUCAUUAAAAACAUACAAUCAAGUGUGCUAAUCCGGGCGCUUCGCUAUCUGGAUCGUUUAUGACUACGCUAACUAGAUAAUGCACUUGAUAUAAUAUUUUUAUUUUUAUUUCCGUUAUAUAGUCACUACGGUAACAGAAUAUAACUAUUCAAGUUUGAGAAAAAGCAAAAAUAAUAUUUUUAUCCAUUAAAUAAGUGAGUGUAAUCGACUCAUUUCAAUCUUGUGCCAGCUGGGUUCUUCACUAAAAAUUUUCUAGCAGUGAUUUCGCUAAUUACAGCUGGUUGAUUGAAAACAUUUAUUGUUUUUUCCUUGUAAAAAUAAAGUAAUUUAUAUCCAAAGUUUUAAUUAAAAGUGAAUUAGGGAAAAGGCGACCCAGUUAAUGCAUGCUGACUUAUUUCAGUAUUAUCAUUAUUUUAUAUUUUUUUUUUAAAAUAUUUUUGACAAUUUUUUUAUAUUAUGUUUCUGAAUGAAACAGUGAAUAAUUCUAUGGAUUUAGAAAAAAGUAAAAAA